GGGAGUCCUGUACACAGAUGUAUUAUGGCCAUCCUGAGAUUAAAUGGAUCUAUUUUUAAUACUAGUCUACAUAAGAUCUGUGAAUAUGUGCACGAAGAAAUGUAGCAUCCAGCAGCGAAAGUUCUCCCGCCAAAAUGACGCAGUUCGUACAAACGGCUGCUACAGCAAACUAGCAUUCGCUACGAAAAGAAUUACCUACAAAAACUCCUCAGGUUGUCCGCUGAGAGGAUUUCAGUCGCUAGCUGUUUUGAGACGAAAUUCAAAACGCAGCAAUGCAGAACUGUGUGCCAAUAUCAGACCUGAACAUGAACAUCACACAUUCGAAGGUGGUUGGAGUGAUUAUAGGGAAAACUGAUUCAAGAGGAUUUCCGGACAGAAAAAAUGUUGGCUCUGAAAGGUUCACCUUCAGUUUCACCAUUAAAGACUCGCCACAACAUUUUCUCAACGUGUCUGCAUGGGGAAAUGAGGAGUACAUUCAAGCACUUAGCAGUCGCUUUCAGAUUGGGGAUUGUGGUGAGAUUUGUAGCAGCAUUCCCUUAUUAACGAAUGAUUAUUUUACAUAUAUUUUAGAUGAGAUAUUUCAAUUAACACCGUUACUGUUAGCUGAAGAAGAAUUUUUCAUUUUAGUUGUAAUUGAAAAUCCCCUUGUUGUGACUAAAGACUAUGAGAAAGAAGAACGGUUUUGUCCCUCAACACCCAGUCUCUACAGGCUGUUGGUAACGGAGACUCACUCAGCCAUUAAGAUCUGCUCAGAUUUAGAAACCGAGACCAGGAUUCUUCCAUUAUUCCACAUGCUUAUUAAAGAUCCAGGGGACUUUUAUUCAUUGAGAGACAUUACUGCAAAUGGACAGAGCCUGGAUGGGAACAUUAUUAACAUUCUAGCAGCUGUGCAGUCGGUGGGAGACGAGAAAUUCUUUACAAAAUCAGAUGGACGCAAAGGACAGAGGCUGGAAGUAUGGCUCUUUGACGACACUGUGAAAUCAUAUCCGUUAGUGUGUUGGGAUAAAGAGAUCAUUCAGCUGUUUCAAACACAAACACAAAGAGGAACAGUUCUCUUCAUUGCAGACGCUCGCGUCACCUUUGACAGUUUUCGCAGUUGUAUGAUAGCAACCGUGACCUCAAAAACAAUCAUUACUGUACACCCUGACACAGCAGAGGCCAACCAACUGUAUGCUUGUAUAAGGACAUUGUUAGAAACUGGAGAUCUGGACCAGGAGGUUCUUCCAGGUGAUGGUGUGCAAUUGGACUCCAUUAGUGAUGUGCUGACUGUGAGUCAGAUCAAAGCCAGAAGUCAAGAACAUGCUGAUGCUUUCCAUUGCAUUACAUAUGCGUUCAUUACAAUGCUUGAACUAGGUUCCUCUAUCUCCAAAAUCAUACGCAACAGAUGCGCCAAAUGCAAGUUCCAAAUCAACGAGGACAGUCAGACCUGUUCCAAUCCUGCCUGUCCAAGUCAGGGACAACAACUCCACGUCACUUCAGGCUUUGAGCUGCUGGUGGAUAUCAGUGAUCAUACUGGGACGUUGAAGUCGUGCAGCCUGGCGGGCAGGGUCGCUGAGAAAACCCUGGGUUGUAAGACAGAGGAGUUUAUGUAUCUGUCGGAGUCUCAAAGGACAACUAUGAAGUGGACGCUUCUUCUCGAGAGAUGCAAAAUUUAUCUAAAGGUUCUUUCAUCUCCUAAAACCAGAAGUGGAAUGAGGGCAAGCAUUUUGUCAUGUGCCCUCGCUGACCCUGUGGAAGUUAAGCAAAACCUUGGCGUAUUAGUGGGUUGAUGCUGUUUUGCAAUGAAGUUAUCAAACAGCAUGGUUUUUCAUAUGAUUUCAAAUUAAAUAAACUACUACUUGUUCAAUUUUGUUCAAGUGCUCCAUUGGAUAUCAUUUUGUUGCCA